GAGGCGAGGGGCGGGGCCUAAACGGUCUCCAGUUUGGUUCAGAUUCUCCAGCCGUUUGAGUCUGUUGCUUCUGCCUGGAGACGUUUUUGAUGAUUUCUUCACAUUUUUUUUUAACGUUUUCAACACUGAGAAAUAUUCAACCUUUCUAACACUUUCUUCGGCAUUUGUUGAAAGUUUUUGACGCUUCUGUCGACACCAUUUUUGUCUAUUUGUCUGUUUUUUUGUAACUUUUUCAACAUUUCCGCCCCAUAUGUCAUCGUUUCUGAUGUUUUUUUUUAAGUUUUUCCCUUUUUUUCAACGUUUCUGACCCUUUUUGAGACAUCGUGGUACUUUUAUUUUGACGUUUUCCUAUGAUUUUGUUGAUAUUCGACUUUUGUCUCAACGUUAUUGAUCCUUCUUCUUCUUCUCCUGCCGUGUGCGCGCCCGGCCGAUGCCCCCCCCGCCCGCCCCCGGCCUGUCGCUGGUGUCCGUGCUAGCUCUGUUAGCAUGUAGCGGCCAGCUGUUAGCCGCGGUGCUGCUAGCACGGCGCUACGGCGGGCGGAGCUCGGCAACGGACCGUUGGGUCCUCUGCUGGCUCUUCUAUGACAUCAUCGUCCACCUGACUCUGGAAGGACCGUUUGUCUACAUGUCUCUUGUUGGGACGGUGGAGACGUCUGAAGGACCGCUGGCUGAACUCUGGAAGGAGUACGGCAGAGCAGACGGCCGCUGGCUGGUUUCUGACCCGACCAUCGUCUCCAUAGAGAUCCUGACGGCCGGCCUCGCCUCUCUGCUCGGAGUACUUCUGGUACACGCAGUACUACACGACAAAUACUACAGACACUUCCUGCAGGUGUGUCUGAGCGUGUGCGAGUUGUACGGCGGCUGGAUGACCUUUGCUCCCGAUUGGCUGCAGGGCAGUCCUCACCUGGACACUACUUCCUGGCUCCACCUGUGGCUCUACCUGGUCUUCUUUAACGGAGUCUGGGUCCUGGUCCCGGCGCUGCUGCUGAGCCAGUCCUGGCUCGCCAUGAGGCGUCUGCACGCGCUCAGACCGCACGCAGACACACACAGGAAGAACAUGUAGAGUUUACUCAACUCACAUCGGGCAGUGAUAGU